AAUCCAUAUUUCUAAAUGACUAAAACACCCCCAAGACUUGCCGCAACUCUCCCAAAUCUCAAGGGUAACGUCGUAAUUCAGUCAUCCUCCUCCCUCGACGUCUUGUCCCUCAGCUUCACUUCACUUUCUCCUCCGCCAUUUCUGAACCUUUUUCGCAAUCUCUCUCUCUCUCUUUCUCUCUCUUCCAUGGCUUUACAUCUCUCUCUCUCUCCACCGUCGGUUAGAUCUUCGCCGUCGUUUCCCUGCAGCGGAAGGCAGUCAAUCGCCGCACUUUCCGACUCGAAGAGUGGCUGCUUCAGUUCAAAGAGCUUGAGUAUCACUAGUAGCAGGAGCAUUGGUGUUUCCAGUGGAAAUCGGUCCUUCAAGGUCAAUUCAAGUUUGGAGAUUGCCGGCGCUACUGUUGGCAAAGUCACUGAGGUCAACAAGGACACUUUCUGGCCCAUUGUCAAUGCCGCCGGUGAUAAAACCGUUGUGCUCGAUAUGUAUACCCAAUGGUGUGGACCCUGCAAAGUAAUGGCCCCCAAAUUUCAAGAAUUGUCUGAGAAAUAUCUUGACGUUGUCUUUCUAAAGCUCGACUGCAACCAAGACAAUAAGCCAUUGGCAAAGGAACUUGGGAUAAAAGUUGUGCCAACUUUCAAAAUUCUAAAGGAUAACAAGGUUGUUAAAGAAGUAACUGGGGCAAAGUUUGAUGAUUUGGUUCAUGCCAUUGAUACUGUAAGAUCCAGCUGAAAACUCUUCUGUCUUCUCUUCUUUGUAAAUUCAAAUAAUAUAUGAUGCAAGGAAGAGUAUCCAGGACAGUUAUUUAUUUUACUCUUAUUUAUUUAAUGAUUUUGUGUACUGUUUAAGUGUUAGGAAGAAGCUGUUCAACAAUAUUCUUCUUCUUGCUAAGAUAGUGGGAAUGGGAAAUGAUUCUGUAUAUAGAUGUUUGGGACAUAAACAUUUGAAUAUGGACAAUGAACAGUUCCUACAUAUUCCAAAAGUUGUUUAGCUAUAAACAUUGGGUUUGAAUGAUUUA